GGUAAACUCCUUGUUUUUGCUUUGAAGAGCUUAUCUAUCUGACAAUAUUGCAGAAGAACCUCUUGUCCCGAUGACGAGUCUGAAAUCCAGCUGGAGAGCCUAUAUUCCAAGGUUGCGCAGUGUAUGGACGGCGAGUUUGUCGAGGUUACGUUCGACGAAUUCGCGUCAGCCUACCUGCCUUUCAACCCUCGGGACGAGGAUGUGGAGGCCACAAUCAACCAUAUGGCCACCGCUGCCAGUAUUCGGUUUGGGGAACUCAUUGCUCCAAGAGACGCAGGCGAGGAUGAAACCGGAUUCCUCCCUCAACUAAGAGCCAUAUUUUCAUCCAUCGAAGACGGUCCUGCUCCGGCUGGGCGAAGGCGGAACAGUUUCAAAUAUCGAGAUUGUCGAACCUAUUCCACGGGAUCAUGCACCCUCGGGUCGAGCGCCUUGAUCCAUGCUGGCCUGGCAUCGGGUAAUCUCGAACCCUCGAACGCUGCUGUCGUGGUCAAGUACAGGCGACUAUCCACUGACGAGCUGCAGAACGCGCGAGAGGUGGUUUCGGCCAAUGUCCAGAUCAUGAACGAGGACGUUAGACGGAUGUAUUGCUACGGGAUGACCAUCGAAAGUGACAAAGUUAGGUUCUGGUACCAUUGUCGAUCUCAUUCCGCUGUCUCACAGCCAUUUGGCUUCGUCGAGGAGCCCAAGAAGCUCGUUAAAUCACUGCUCUCAUUUCUCUUUUCGACGGAAGAGGAGCUGGGAUACGACCCCUUGGUCUACCGCGUCAGCGAGGACUACAUUUACGAGUUGGACGAUACCGGAACGAGGCGUUUCUUCCGUACACGAGGUCCACCGCUUUCUGACCGUCGCUCCAACUGCAUCACUGGCCGCAUGACUCGAGUGUGGAAGGUGGUCGAAGUCGAUUCCACGUCCUCCUACGCUACCGUGCUCGGAGAACCCGCCAUUCUCAAGGACGUCUGGAUCGAUCAGUCAGCGAUGACGGAGCGUCAAGUCCAACAGGCCUUGUUUAUGGACAUUGAGGACUAUUGGCGCAAUGUCGAUGUCGAAAAGGAAGCUCGUCUAGAAAAGGUUCGGGAUGUCGCUCGGAAGCUUCAGACUCAAGUCCGCAGUGGCGAAUAUCGGAAGUGGUUCCUCACCAUUCUGUUAGACUGCGAGGGUAAAGUCACCAGUCCUCUACCUAAGGGUGCACGGCAACGGAGUGGCCUUUUGUCGGAGCAGCAAAUCCUUCCUCCCGGGUCCCACACUGCCACGAGACAUCCGUUGUCACAGACGGAACCCAGUUCGAAUCUUUCCCGCCUUUUCUCCCCGAAGAAACAAUAUCGCAGUCUCGUCAAGGAGGUAUGCAUUCCUGUUGGAGACAUCGAGCGAUUGGAUCAAGUGUUUCACGUCCUGGAUGGUGCCAUUCGGCCUCUACUGCUGAUGUUUGGAGCUCGCUGGGUUCAUCGCGACAUCAGCGCUGGCAAUAUACUUGGCCACCUUCACACUUCUGGCGUAGACCCCGAGUACCAGGCGAAACUGGGCGACUUGGAGUACGCGAGGCGUUAUUCCUCUUCUCCUGACUACGCCGCCACAACAGACCCAAAAAUUGGUACGCCGUUUUUUAUGGCCUGCGAGAUUUUGUUUGGGGCUCCUUUUGCACCUCCCCCGAGGGUAGACCCUCCUCCAUUCACUAUUGCUCCGAUCAAACGACAAAGAAGGCCCCGGCCAGUGAUCCCCAGCAUUCUCCAUGACUUGGAGUCAAUCUGGUGGAUCGCCCAAGGUGGACUCCACGCCCAUGUACUUCCAGAACUGACAGCAGUUGCCGCAGGCCUGGAUUCCGUGGCAGAGCAUUUGCUAUUUUACUUCUUGCGACAUACCCUUGAUUCUGAUACUGUGGAUUCUCUCCACGGAAGCGGCUUCGAAAUCCUCCUCCUUCUCUUUGAGCAGCUUUCUCCAGUCAUCCCAGCUCUCGCCCUGACGACUCGCAGCGACAAAACAGUUGUUCGAACCAGUGUUCUACAACGUAAACGGCCUCGAUCAAACGACGAUGGAGAGUACCAGCCUGGCACCGAGGCUUCAAAUGCGCCACCGGGUUCAGGCAAGGCCUUGGGAUCGAAGCGGUCGAAGACCCGCAACCAGAAGGCAGAUUCUGGAUCUUAA